AUGGUAGACCCUAGCACGGAACGUCCAGAACAUGACGGCCCAAGCGACGAUGGCGGCCCAGAUAUCUUCGAAAGGCGCGAUUCAAUAGACUCUGAAAGUGGACGUGCGCAGGAUGCCGACGAACCAACAGCUUUUGGAGCAUCGCCAGCCGAUGAAGUUCCACAUGAACUGCCAGUUGAGCUGGCCAGCUUGUCUGACAGAUUUGUUGAGUCUUUGACUGCGAGGGUUCAUACACUGCCUCCUUCCAUCGAACGGAUCUCGUCUUUGUUCCAAGACUUUUAUAUCCGGGCAGACUCUCGUAUCGCCACACAUAUUUCGACCCUCGCGUCCCGCAUUAAUCGAGAUGGCUCGCCGGCCAAAAAUGCUGCUCAGAAGAGCUCCGAGAAAGCUUCCCAGAUGCUGACCGUUUCCGAGAUAGCAGAGAGACGGAAAGCACGAAAACAACUACCGAUGAAGCAAUUGGCUUUGGAAGAAACGGUCGAGAGACGGGUUUGCGAGAAGGUCUAUGAUAAGAUAUGGCGCCAUAAAACUAGUCUCGACGAGGUGCGAGACGAGAAAAUGCGCUCUAAGACAGCUGCAUUAUCACUUCUGGGUAUGGGGCUAAAGGACCUGGGCGUUGAGGUGCCAGAAGCCGAUGAAGAAAAAGAGAAGAACGCCAAAAUACGGCUCUCAUCAGCCAGCGAGGACUUGAGAAAGAUGAACGACGCACGGUACCCCCUGGGCAAACUUCAGUGUUUGAUAUCCGCGCACAAAGCAAUCGUGGACGCCCUGACAGUCCUUCUUGGGUCAUCCUCUUCCGCAGAUGAGAUUUUGCCUGCCCUGAUAUAUACUUUGAUCACGUCGCCUCCGGAAGGCAUAAAUGUGAUUAGCAAUCUACUAUUCGUCCAGCGUUUCAGGGCUACAAGCAAGAUAAAUGGCGAGUCCGCCUAUUGUUUGACCAACUUGGAGGCGGCUAUUAGUUUUCUAGAGUCGGUGGACCUCAGCAGCGUCAACACGGAUGCUCCAGUCGACGGACAGCCACGGCUUUUAAAUGCGGCGACAACUCCUCCUAGUGCAGAGCUUUCUGGUUCGGUGCGUUCUACAAAGAGCUCUGUCUCACGAUCUCAACUCAGUGCGCCUUCAGCCCAACAGAGACGUCUAAGCAAUCUAUUUCAACCCCCAUCAAAGGUAUUAGGAGCCGCCAAUGAUGCCGUGCGCAGUACUGCCGACCAGGGCUUGAAGAAUAUCAGCAGUACGCUAGACAACAGCUUCAAUUUCUUGUUUGGACGGCUGAAAGAAAUGCAAAAUACCCGUGGAGUAAAUGAACAACCAUUAGUGCCUAAAACUCUAGAUGAGGCCCGACGCCUCGUGGCCAGUCCCCCUGAAGUGAAAGAAAGCGACAUACUCGGUGAAGAAGACCUUGCAAAUGCCAAUACAAAAGAAGGGCCGAUUCAGCCAUCUAGAUUGCGGCCAGAAGAUAGACGAUCUAGCGGCCGAAGAACCCCAAGAGAUAGAAGUGCCGACAGUGCUCGGAGUAAUGAGGGCAACAUCAAAAAGACCCCUGCUACUACACUCUCAGCUGGACUGAUUAACAACAACUCUACUCCUAGUUCGAGCGCUGGCAGCUCCAUAUUCAACCCUAGUCCCGGUACUAGACCAUUAGAAUCCAUGAAAAGCUUCGGAAAUUCAUUUACUCUCAAUCCUUUAAAUCAUAUACCAGACAUGAUCAGGGGAUUUGGCCGCAAUACUCCAGAAACUCCAACUGCCACAUUACCAGAACGACCACGACUUGUGUCUUCAAGGACGGAGGCAAGGUUAUCACCAUCAACAGCCGCAUCCGCAAUCGCGGCCACGCCUGCAACAACGUCGUCUACCGUACCAUUCCCAGAGGUGCAAUUAUCGCAAAUAAAUCCACCUAUUAGACGUUUUCUCGAAAUUGAUGACCCUCAAGACCUUCGUAUUGGCGACGUUGCUGAACUUCUCCACGAUUACAAGCGACUUGCGGCUGCGUUCGUUAGUAGUCAGUCGAAGGAAUGA